AUGUCAGAGCUAGCCAGUGCCAGUACCAGCCGUCACAGACUGCGAAAAACUCCGCAACAUCCAUAUACCAACCAACACCCUGCCAUUGACUCGAUGCACUGGUUGUUUCGAACCAAUAUCCCUCGUAGAAGGUCCUCUUAUUACCAGCCUGAUAUUCGAAAGCGAAAUUUCUUUGGAAUGGGGGAGAUUAUUGGUGUUUUGACGAAUCCGGCAGAAACAGUUCGUUCUCUUACCGAAUCUAAACGACUUUUGGAUGAAGCUCGAAGAGAGAUAAACGAGAAUCGUGAACGUGCUCAAAUUCGACCUAAACAUACGUUUUCUCGUCUUCCUGCAUUCUAUGCUCGGACUGCAGAGAUGAAAGCGAUUGCGAGAGCUUUGGAAGGAGACCCCGCGUUUACAGUCCUCUUUGGAGCCAGUUCUGUCGGGAAGACAGCUCUUCUUCGAGAGGUCCUUUGUCACGACAAAUAUCACGUCCUUCAUUUUGAUCUGCGGAUCGCAGGGUUCGCUGACCUAGCAAGUCUCUACAUAAGCUUGAGUGAGCAGAUGGAACAGUACUUUGAGGAGAUAUCGAAGCAGAUGGACGGAUAUAAGGAGUUCGAAAAGGAGGCAUGGAGCUUCAAGCAUGACAGGCUGAACGUCGAACGCCGACUCCAGGAUUCCCCGCCCGAAUCUGGUAUACAUCGCGUGAAGACGAGCGAUAUCGCGAGGCUGAUGGAACUCUUUCAGAGUUCACUUCUCAAAUACUGGAAGUUUGAGCCUUUCGUUGAUGGAGAUAACAGGAAAAAAGUCGAGUCCGACACGGCUUCAACUUCUGAUCAGACACAUGUCAACCCUCACUCUCGAGGUCAACACAAACGGAAAUGGAAACUGCGGAACUUGCUGAACGAUCGGAGUAAGAAAGACCGCACGGGUGAUCGUAGGCCUGCGGAUCAUGGACAGGAGAAUAGUCGUGCUGAGAAAACCAAACCGGUCAAGAAAAUGCCUGUCAUUUUCUUCGAUGAAGCACACAAGCUACCUGCUUUGAUUCAAUCAACCGAAGCAAUGAACUGCCUUCUUUCCACAUUUCUUGUCCUUACCAAACAAGAUAGACUCUGCCAUGUCAUACACGCCACUAGUGACCCAUUUUAUCACACCUGGCUGAGGCGACUGAAUGUCAUGCAACACUGCAAGAUUAUAACUAUCGGAGAUUGUUCGAGAUCCGACACUCGAAAGUUCUUCCGAGAGAAGGUUUUGCCAGAUGUACCACAGCAUCUCCGACCUAGACUGGAUUUCGAAAAGCUGUAUGAAGCAUUUGGAGGUAAGCUGGUGCAUUGGCAGGACUACAUAUCGGAUUAUGUGAACUCGAACGGGAACCUCGAGGUCAAACAAAGUUCACACUUCCUUCAGGCUCACGCGUUGCUGAAUUUGCACAUUAUACACUCAUCCCAAUCCGCUAACACGAAUCUGAAUGGUCAACCGGACGCUUCGACGUCGCAGCCAUCCGCGAAUUCCGGGGAAGCACCUCCACAGGUCGCGUCGGCACCCUCGACUUCUGGAUUCCGGAUAUAUUCCGCCAUCUCGCAUCCUCAUGGUCCCGAUAGUGACGACACUGGGCCUCCUAGCGAGGGCCACGACUCGUUCACAGCAAUGCAGUUGCUCAAAGUCAUGGCCCGAAUCACGCAGCCUGGAGUGGAAUAUCUGCCUUAUUUCAUGCUUUGUAGGGAGUUCGGUGUCCGAGCGGUGGACGGGAUGGUUAAAGGCAAGGUAUUAGAUUUGAGGUGGACAGAGAUCGUAAGCGGUGAGAAUAGCGAGAACGAUGAGGUGGAUAACAGAGUCGUCGGGAUUGAUGCAGAGAAUAGAUCUCCUGUCAAUGAUGGAGGCAGAGUACCGGCAUACGAUGGCUUUGAAUCGAGACCUGGUAGUAUACCGGGAUACAUGGCUGAGCCAGGGAGUAGCUCAACAGCGGUGAAUAACGAGGAGAUGUUCACUCUGAGGCCACCUCAACCUCCCAUCCCUCCACCACCACACAAUGAUUCGGAUGAGGAAAUGGUUCCGGUGUCGGAGAGAGAGGCAAUGUUGGCCUCAGAUCAUGGUUAUAGGCAACCACAACAGUAUCAAUUUCCGGUGCCACCACCGAUGUCCCCGCCCCCGCCUACCUAUCCUCAAGCUCAGCGACGUCCGUCAUAUCGUAUCCGGCGAUCGACGAGGUAUCAGUCGUAUCAAAUUCAGUCGAGAUACGAUGAUCCGUAUGCGGCGGUCAUGGAGGUUGUUGGACCGAAGCUUGUUCCAAUUACCCCCAUCAUGAGAUAUGCGAUGAAGGAGGUGAUUGCAGAGUAUCAAGAAGAAGAUCCGGAGGAAGAGGAUGAGAUGGAGGGUGAAGGGAUGGAGGCUAUCAGCAUCAGUCGGGGAUCGAGGAGGGGUCGAAGGGGAACGGGGACUGGAACUGGAACUGACGGGGCAUCGGAAUAUGCCAGUCUUUCGGAUGUCGAUGAGUAUUGA